AGUGGGGAAAGCAAACAAUUUUCAGGCCCGCCGCGUCUAGCAAAAAAUAUGAGAAAAAAAUUAUUAAAAAUUCGGAAAAUAGUUGAAAGUGAAGAAAAACCCAACAGAAAGAAUGUUAAAGCGACCGGGGCCCCUGAGUCCGGGCGGUGUUGAGCACAUAAAACUGGAGAGAGUAAUCGCAUCAGAAGUAGCCGGGCUCUGCGCCCCUGUCCAUGUAGCCGGUCAGCCUUAGAGUGCCAUGGCCACGGGAACCCAGGGCCACCGUGACCACGUCCUGGAGAGAACCAAGCUCACGCCGCCCACAGGGAGGCGCCGGAGAGCCGAGGGCAAGCCCAAAAAGAAUUUCCUUUGCCAGGAGUGUCAGAAAGCUUUCAACAGCCUGGAGAAGUUGAAGGUGCACUCGUACUCUCACACCGGAGAGAGACCCUACCGCUGCUCCCACCCCGACUGCACCAAGGCUUUCGUCUCCAAAUACAAGCUGCUACGGCAUAUGGCAACUCACUCGCCAGAAAAAAACCACAAGUGUUCAUACUGUGAGAAAAUGUUCCACCGCAAGGAUCACUUAAAGAAUCACCUACACACUCACGACCCCUACAAGGAGGCGUUCGGCUGCCAGGAGUGCGGCAAGAGCUACAACACCAAGCUGGGCUUCAAGCGGCACCUGGCCCUCCAUGCUGCUAACAGUGGAGACCUCACCUGCCAGGUGUGCCUGCAGCCCUUCCCCAGCACCGUGGUCCUCCUGGAGCACCUCAAGACACACGCCGGCAAGUCCUCUGGUGGGACCAAAGAGAAGAAGCACCGCUGCGAGCACUGUGAGCGGCGGUUCUACACCCGGAAAGACGUGCGACGCCACAUGGUGGUGCACACCGGACGCAAGGACUUCCUGUGUCAGUACUGUGCCCAGCGCUUCGGGAGGAAGGACCACCUGACGCGCCACGUGAAGAAGAGCCACGCCCGCGAGCUGCUGAGGGUGAAAACUGAGCCGGCUGAUUCGCUGGAGCCCGUCGUCUUCGACUUGGCGUCUGGGGGCAUCAAGGGCGAGCUGCCGGGGAUGCUGACACAAAGGCCGCACCAGCUCAUGUACACGGGCCCCGUCCUGGACACGGAGCCCUUCCCCAACCCCACGCUGCCUUUUUCUUUUAAGUACCCACUGGGCUCCAACUUUACCUCAUACAGCGUCUCCUCACAGGAGCGGGAGCAGAAUCUAAAGGGAGAACUGGAGACCUACCUGAUGGAGUUGCAGAGCAGCAUGCCCUCCUCAUCCUCUGCAGCCCAAGAACCCCAACUCUCCUCCUCCAAACUCGAGUUGGAGCCUCAAGUGGGCGCGCUGGAGGAAGCGGGCGAGGGGGGGUCCCUGUCCAAAAUGUCCUCCCAGAUGGCAGCAGCCGGCGCAGACUCUCUGGCCUCGUCCUCCUCUCUGAUGGACUUCUCACAGCUUUUCAACUUCCUGCCACUCAACGGGCCGCCGUACAACCAGGCGGGGGGCAGCGGGGGGGCGGGCGUCACCUAUCCUGCCAACGAAGAGCCCCCCCCCCUGGUCCAGAUGCCCUCCCAGGCUCCUGAAGACCCCGAGGUUGCAGAGAGUCCGCUGCAGAGGCUCCCCUCCUCCUUCAUAUCCAACCUGAGCUCACCCACCACACUGCCCCGCUUCCACCAGGCCUUCCAGUGAUCCAGUAUGUACUGCUGCCUGGCACACACACACACACACACACACACACUCGAACACACACUCACACACACACACUCACACGUUGAGUUACACCCCCUGCUAUUCAGAAAAAAAUAUGCUAGUUAAACAUGUCUGAAGAUGAAGCACUUAAUACGAAAGACGUACAAAGCAGAUAUAUCAUGAUAAGCUCUUACAGUAACACACACACGCACACGCACACACACACACACACACACACACACGCACACGCACACGCACACACAGUUUGCCUUAAUCAGCUUUCUAAAUGCUGCUGCUGAGAUUCCACCUAUUAAGCCUUUUAUUGAAGAAUUCGUAAAUCCUCACCACCACUACUCCUUGAUGACAUGUUCACAUAAUAGCAGGAAAAUAUUGCAAACCAGUUUCCAAAUCUUCUGUUUCUUACUUUUCGCAACUUGAAUAACUUCUGAUCUCUAUGAUAUCUAACCUAUUCAAAGGCCUUUGGUGCAGUUACAACUCGCCACACACACAAUAACCUGCUUUUCCACAACAAUGUGAACAUGGUGAGAGCUGUCAGUUCAUCAGUCUUUUGGGAGUUUUCACGUAGAUGCUUGCUAUUAGUGAUUUCAUUGCAGUGACAUUUUCUUUACUUUACCUCCUAGAAUAGAUCGGCUUGAGUGAACAGAUUAUGGGAUAUAUUGUUGUUCUGCAGCACUUUGGGAUGUAGUCUGUCAUCACAGUUGACCUUUCACCUGACUGUAGGUUUUGGAUGUUUUUGCCAAUUUACAUCUAUUCAUUACAUCAAAAAUGACAAGGCAGUGUUUGAAUUUCAUAAAUGUCUAAUCUGUAUAGAAUGACUUGAGUUGAUCAAUUACAGUGAUCAUCUGCUCAUAUCUUGUCGAUAACUUCACUGUGCGCUUGUGUUACGCCGUACAGUAAAGUUCGACAUAAUGCUCACUAUGCCGAAUUACAUAUAUUUCAAAUAUGUAGUGAAAUUCUAGAAACCAAUGUCUUCCUGGAAUUUGGGAAAACAUACUUAAAAUAGCUUAAAAAUCUGAUUUUUAUCAGAAAGUCAAGUAAUUAGUAGUAAAUAGGCUUAAACCUUCAAAAACAUACAUCUGCGGCCGUAUUCACAAAGCAUUUUAUCUUACCGCUAGGAGUGCUCCUAACUCGCGCUAAAACAUUUUACG